CACAGUUCUGCUUGCUUCUCUCCAAAGAUGAUACCAGUGACGAUACUCUGUGUGUUGCUCUGCCUCAAUUUAGCUUGGGCUCAGGAUGGGAAGACCACCUUUGAAAAGGAGGGCGGAGGCGGGCGUGGCCCCAGGAUCCUAGAGAACAUGCACGAGUCGUCCUGCAAGUAUGAGAAGAACUGGCCUAUCUGUGUGGAUGAUGACUGGGGUACAAAAUGUCCAUCAGGCUGCAGAAUGCAAGGAAUAAUUGACGACACAGACCAGAAAUACAGUCAAAGAAUAGACAAAAUUAGGCAGCAACUCGCAGACAGUCAAAACAAGUAUAAAACAUCCAAUCGGGUAAUUGUGGAAACCAUAAAUAUACUAAAGCCUGGUCUGGAGGGUGCCCAGCAGCUCGAUGAGAAUUACGGUCAUGUGUCAACAGAACUGAGGAGGAGAAUUGUGACAUUAAAGCAGCGAGUUGCCACUCAAGUGAACAGAAUUAAAGCUCUGCAGAACAGCAUCCAGGAGCAGGUGGUGGAAAUGAAGCGCUUGGAGGUGGACAUUGAUAUUAAGAUACGAGCUUGCAAAGGGAGCUGUGCUAGAAGUUUUGAUUACCAGGUGGACAAAGAAGGCUAUGACAACAUCCAGAAGCAUCUUACCCAGGCCAGCUCCAUUGAUAUGCACCCAGACUUUCAAACAACCACCUUGAGCACACUGAAAAUGAGGCCUCUUAAGGACUCGAAUGUUCCUGAACAUUUUAAGCUCAAGCCUUCACCAGAAAUGCAAGCUAUGAGUGCAUUUAAUAACAUCAAACAGAUGCAAGUGGUAUUAGAAAGACCAGAAACAGACCACGUGGCAGAAGCAAGGGGGGAUUCUUCACCUUCCCACAUUGGCAAAUUAAUUACUUCUUCUCACAGGAGAGAGAGCCCUAGCCUGGUAGACAAAACCUCCUCUGCCUCCUCUGUCCAUAGAUGCACCAAAACUGUCACCAAGAAAGUCAUUAGUGGCCCUGAUGGUCCUAGAGAAGAAAUAGUUGAAAAAAUGGUUUCCUCUGAUGGCUCAGACUGCUCCCAUCUACAAGGAGGACGAGAAGGAAGCACGUACCAUUUUAGUGGGACAGGUGACUUUCACAAGCUAGACAGGCUUCUGCCAGAUCUAGAGUCAUUCUUCACCCAUGACUCUGUAUCCACUAGUAGUAGGCACUCAAUUGGCUCAAGCACCAGCAGCCAUGUGACUGGGGCAGGCAGCAGCCACCUAGGCACUGGAGGGAAAGACAAAUUCACAGAUUUAGGGGAGGAGGAAGAAGAUGACUUUGGAGGACUUCAGCCAUCUGGAUUUGCUGCUGGCAGUGCGAGUCACUCCAAGACUGUACUGACCAGCUCCUCUUCUAGUUUCAACAAGGGAGGCUCCACUUUUGAAACCAAGUCACUAAAGACCCGUGAAACAUCUGAGCAGCUAGGUGGGGUGCAACAUGAUCAGAGUGCAGAGGACACCCCAGACUUUAAGGCGCGCAGCUUCAGACCAGCAGCAAUGAGUACAAGGAGAUCCUACAAUGGGAAAGGUACACAGAAGUAGUAAUUGAGGUAGUGGAGCCAAAUUCAAUUCAUAACCAAACUGACAGAAUGUUUUUAGAUACUGCAGUAUAAUAGUGUGAUGAUAAAAUGCCAGAACUGUGUCUGUUUGUUGCCACUUUGGAGAUAAAAGAGAACUAUAUCACUAAUAGUCAGGUAUUGCAUAGACAAUUAGCAAUAUAAGAUCUGUGUAAGGUUUUCCUCUCUCAAUUCUUUUUAAUGUUGCCUGUCACUAAACCUUAUGUUGUCCAAGACACAUUUAACAAAUUUUCCUCAGAUCUAUUGCUGCUUGGAUUCCUCUGAAGUUUUUAUUAAGCUUUACUGAUAACUUCUGUCAAACCAGAUCAACUUUUUUUUUUAGACUGCGAUGAUAUCCGCCAGAAACACACUUCUGGUGCCAAAAGUGGCAUUUUCAAAAUCAAGCCAGAGGGAUCCAAUAAGGUUUUGUCAGUUUAUUGCGACCAAGAGACCACUUUGGGAGGAUGGCUAUUGAUCCAACAGAGAAUGGAUGGAUCAGUGAAUUUUAACCGUACGUGGCAAGACUACAGGAGAGGUUUCGGCAGCGUGGAUGGCAAAGGGCAAGGAGAGUUGUGGCUGGGCAAUGAGAAUAUCCACUUGCUGACUCAGAACGAUACUCUGCUUCGAGUAGAGUUAGAGGACUGGGAUGGAAAUGCUGCAUAUGCAGAGUACAUCGUGCAGGUAGGGACUGAAGCAGAAGGCUAUGCCCUGACUGUGUCCUCCUAUGAGGGGACUGCUGGGGAUGCUCUGGUUGCUGGCUGGCUGGAGGAGGGCUCUGAGUACACAUCCCAUGCCCAGAUGCAGUUCAGCACUUUUGACCGGGACCAGGACCACUGGGAGGAGAGCUGUGCAGAGGUGUACGGGGGUGGCUGGUGGUACAACAGCUGCCAGGCAGCCAACCUCAAUGGCAUUUACUAUCCAGGGGGCCAUUAUGACCCCAGGUACAAUGUUCCAUAUGAGAUCGAGAAUGGAGUAGUCUGGAUACCAUUUAGAGCCUCCGAUUAUUCCCUCAAAGUUGUUAGAAUGAAAAUCAGACCCCUGGAAACCCUGUAGAAGGACGGGCAUUUAAUAUAUGUGUCACAACUAAAAGUUGGAAACAUCUUUUAUAUACCUGUGUGCACGAUGUACCUUUACCCUAUGAAUUUGAAGGCAGCAUGGCACAUCUAUGGCAUACAAAAUAAACGGAUUAAUUAUUAACAAAACAGUUCUUUCAUCUUGUUUAUAACUGACAAAACUUUUCAAGGAAAUGUUGAUUUUAAAAACCUUAUAUAAAUCUCUGCAACCUUUUGUCCCUUCAGUGCUUCUUACUACUAUAUUUAGUUUGACAACUUAAAAUGUCAAAAUCUCACAUUCUGUGAUAUUCCUAAUAUCCUCAUGUGUGGUUAAGCAAUUGUUCUGAAAUGGGAAUUGAAAAAUGACAUUGUGUGCUGUGAUAUUCUAAACUACAAUUUGAGUUUAUCUUGAUGGUGAUGGGGAAGAGAAGUCUUGAGUAUUCUCCUUUUGG